UUUUAGAAUUUUUAUUUUUUUUGCUAAUGGUUUGCACUUCUAGAGAUAUUUUUGUUCGUCAACAAGCAGCAUUGUCGCGAUCAGAUGAGCCAUUUGACAAAUCAAUUCUUUUACUUUUAAAAAAGGGACCGGCCAAUCGAAAUGAACUCAAACACUAUUUGGAAUCUAGUCUUAAUCGUUUCAUGGAAAAGGAGUAUGAUAUGCAGAGGGAUAUAACAGUCUUUUGGCUUUUGGAAAUUUACCUUUCUGAACUUUCUGAGCAUCGACAAAGUACUACAAAUGUUUCUGAUGAAGGUGAAUCUCAGCUUCGUCAAUUAAAGGAUCAAAUAUUUUCUUUUAUUAAUAAACCAAUUGUUUUGCAAACUAUUAAAGAUAACCAGAUGGCCGUCUACAGAUUGAUUAGUUCUCAUGUAAAUUUUGAUGUGCAAUUAUAUUUGGCCAAUAAAUUAAAUGAUAUUCAAACUGUUAUUAAAAUUUUAUUAAUUCAAAAAUCAUAUAAAGAAAUUCUUGAUUUAUUGGAACGUGAUAAUUCAAAUUUAAUUUACGAAUAUUCUGAAGCUUUAAUUACACAAGUGCCUGUUGAAUUAAUUUCUCUUUUGCUCAAAAAACUAAACAAUCUGGAUCCUUUGAAACUUUUGCCUGCUUUUCUUAAAUGUUUAAAUCCUGAAUUGAAAAAUCGUGCUACAAUGGUUGAUUCUGUUUUCCUGUUUAUUGAAAAUCUUACACCAACACAAACAAAUGGCCCAUUUCUUGAUUUUUGUAUUAAUUUAUAUGCAACAUUUCGACCAUUACAAUUAUUACCGUUUAUGAAAAAAUGUAUUUGUAAGGCUCAUAAUUCUUCAUUUAAUACUUUAGAAGCUAUAAGAAUAUGCAAGGAACAUGGUUUUUUAUUUUUAUUGUAAUUGGACCAAUUUUGAACCUUUAUCUUGUGGAAACUUUCUCCCCAAAACUUUAUUUUUUUGUCUUUUUGUAAAAAAUUUUUUUUGAAUAAUUUUCAGGUCUUGUUGAAUGUCUCGUUUUUCUUCUUUGUUUUGAAGGCUCGUAUGAGGAUGCG